AUGUCUAAAGUGCCUAAAGUGAGCAAGCGUAUCCUGGAGAUGAAUGAACAACGAGAGAGUUGGUGCAUGGUGGAAGCUAGAAAUGAUGUGACCUGGCUAAGACCUCAGAAGAGACAUUUUUUACCAAUUCAACAUAUGGCCACCGCAGAAAUCAAGGAGACUGCUACCUCUGAUACUGGCAGGAGCUCCUGGUCAGAUUUAUCCCACCCCGUUCACAUCCAGAAGAGGCAUUUCCCACAGAGAAAUAAUUCCAUAUUUGGAUAA